AACUAGCAAUAGACCAGUUGAGGACUGGACACAAUGUGAUGUGUCCUCUUCAUGUGUUCGGGGGGAGGAAAUGGAUGAUAAUAACAGGAGAAGAGGUGUGGGCUUUGUAAGUCUAUAAAAGCCACCAAUGUUACAGGAACCUACAUACUGUACCUCUGAAAUAUCUGUGAAGUACGGAUGCAUUAACCAUGGAUCUCCACCCAGACUCUUUCAUUGUCAUGAAUAAUGGACAGAAAAUCCCAGUCAUCGGUUUCGGCACCUACGCCCCGGAACACGUGCCUAAGGAACUGGCAGAGGAAGCGACCAAAGUAGCCAUUGAGGUUGGAUACCGCCACAUUGACUGUGCCUAUAUUUAUGGCAACGAAGUAGAAGUUGGCCGAGCCAUCCGGGAGAAAAUUGCAAACGGGACAGUGAGAAGGGAAGACCUGUUUUACACGGGGAAGCUAUGGAGCACGUACCACACCCCUGAGCUCGUCCGGCCGGCCCUGGAAAAGUCACUGCACAAUCUACAGCUGGAAUACAUGGACUUGUUUAUUAUACACAUGCCUCUGGAAAUGAAGCCUGGACAUUGUCCUUUCCCUACGGAUGAAAACGGGCAGAUCAUUUUUCACAAUACAGAUUUACGAGACACUUGGGAGGCCAUGGAGAGAUGUCAGGACGCUGGACUGGUGAGGUCUAUCGGGGUCUCCAACUUCAAUCGCCGACAGCUAGAGCUGAUUCUCAACAAACCGGGACUGAAGUACAAACCGGUCUGUAACCAGGUGGAAUGUCAUAUUUACCUGAGUCAGAGAAAACUACUUGAGUAUUGUAGAUCUCACGGUAUCGUCCUGGUGGGAUACAGCCUGCUGGGGUCCAGCAGGGAUGAGAAAUGGAUUGACCAAAAUGCACCGGUUGUCCUAGAGGAUCACGUUUUGGUGGCUAUCGCCAGGAAACACAGCAGGUCCCCAGCUCAGGUGGCACUAAGAUAUUUCCUUCAGCUCGGUGUUGUUGUCCUGGCAAAGAGCUUCAGCCCCGCGAGGAUCAAAGAAAAUUUUCAGGUCUUUGACUUUCACUUAUCCCCAGAAGACCUGAAAGAACUAGAAGCUCUUAAUAGCAAUUAUCGCUAUGUUGGAGCUAAGCAGCAUAUACCGGUACUUUGCACUGUCCCCGGGAGCCGUACACUGACUGCAGGAGGAAGCGCACAGUGACAUACAUCGCGGGGUACUUCAUCCUGCAUCUUUACUUCAUUGCUGUCCCCAUUCUCGUUACUUUUCUGUCACUUCCAACCAACGCCUAUCGUCACAAUUUACUAAGUGGCAAACCACACAUCAAGGCACAUGGGGGAAGACGUAAGAGCAGUUUCCCACGGCAGCCAAUCAGAUUCUAGCUCCCAUUAAACUAGCACCUGGCCGCUGUAUUGCUGUACUCUGUGGACUGAAGGUACAGUAGCUCUUUCUGGAUACACUAAAGCUCAUUUAGAAUCACUGUGCUAAUUCUGUUUUGCGAAAUCAUGAUUAUCAGUCUUUACAGAUAAGGUCAUGGAUUCAUGCUCCAAGAAGGCGCCACCUGCUGGCUGCAAAUGUUUGAACGAUGUGACUGAAGUGGUCGGGCCCUCAGGUAACUCAGGAUGGCCGUGUAAUUCACACUAGUGGGGCCAGUGAAGCUGCAUCGUAAGGACACAGGCCCUGGCCUACUGUAUGCACGCCAGACACAGGGCUGACACACCUCCGUUCUCUGUAACGCUGGCCCCACCCCCGAACGGCCAUCGUCGCAGACACAGUUCCAGCACAAAUCAACAAACAUUGGAGAUGUGCGAAAACCAUUGGAUUUGCGUAUAUCUCUGAAUUAGUCCGAUUCCUGUAGUGCGAUGCACUUUUUGAGUCACAUUAUGAUGUCACAGCCCAGCGCCACUUACAGGAAGGGGAGCCGCUCAGGUAACACGCAUGGGCCAUAUUAUUACAUAGACAGGCUAAUUGCACUGUCCCAAUCCAUCUGUCUAGCAUUACACGUCUAGAAAUAAGAAAUAAACGACAGUCAUUCAACUUUA